UUUCAGUGAUGGUUUUUGAGAGUGUGGUAGCCGAAGUGCUAAACCGUACGUUAGGUAAUUUUGUUAACAACCUUGAUGCGUCACAGCUGAAUAUUGGUAUAUGGGGUGGUGAUGUGAAAUUAACUAAUUUGGAAGUGAAAGAAACAGCACUAGAUGAUUUCGACCUACCAGUAAAAUUAAAAUUCGGUUACCUUACAAGGCUUGUUUUGAAAAUUCCGUGGAGUGAUCUCUAUCGUCAGCCGGUUAUUGCUGACAUUGAAGGCUUGAAUUUAAUUGUCGUGCCGAACAAAGGCGUCGUAUACAGCGAAGAAAAAAGAAAAAACAUGAAAAAGAGGAAAAGGAUAAGGCACUUGCGAGACUUGAGGAAAACAGAAAGCGAAAAAGGAAGUUUUACGAAUUUUCCAGAACCGCCAGAUUUGGCUUCUGAUACAUUCGCAGAGAAAUUCAUUGCUACAGUAAUCAAGAACUUACAAGUCACAGUUCGUAAUAUACACAUUCGCUACGAGGAUAAGUACUCACAUCGUAGUCGUCCAUUUGUAGUUGGCGCUACUCUUGAGGGAAUCGAUUUCAAGACCACCGAUGAAAACUGGAAUGAAACUAUACACAAGGAGGUUGUGAAAAUUGUCUACAAAUUGGUUUCAUUAAAAAACCUUGCAAUUUAUUGGAAUUCUGGUUCUGAAUUAGUGUCUGACUUGACUGAUAAUGCUGCAAUUUCGCAAGCAAUGAAUGAUGGUAUCGUGGUUGGCAACAGAAAGCCAUCUGGAUACAAGUACAUGCUGGAGCCAAUUAACAUGCAAGCCAAGCUUGCAUUAAAUCAGAAACCUGAAACAGAUAGCUGUAAUUGGAAGAUACCGAAAAUCAAACUUAUUCUGGAUGUGGAUACAUUGGCUGUUGCAGUCGGCAAGUUUCAGUAUGAAGAUCUAUUAUUCUUGUUGGAAGCACAAGAAAGAUUCAGAACUGCUGCUCAGUAUCUAAAGUAUCGUCCACAUUUGAAUGACUAUAAGGGUCAUUAUAGAAAAUGGUGGUAUUUCGCUUACAAUGCAAUUGUUGAGGAAAUUGUUAGAAGGCGAAGAAAUAAUUGGAAUUGGGAAAAAAUGAAAAAGCAUCGGGAAUCAGUGAGAGUUUAUAAAGACGCUUGGCUCAAGAAGCAAACUACGAAGAACCUUAGCAGCAAAGAUCGGAGUAUUAUUGAGGAAACUGAAAAGCAUCUUGAUGUGUUUAACCUGAACGUUGCUCGGCAGCAAGCUGAUAUGGAAAUCGAUAAGCGUGGUUUGAAGAGACUGGAAGAUCAGCCACAGGGAUGGGUAAAUUGGGCUAAAAGCUGGUGGAGUGGUAGCGGUGAUGUAAAAGAAAAAGAAGGAAGUAUACCACCGUCAUCAGGUGACAUUAUGACAAAAUUUGAGGAAGCCUUGACUGCAGAGGAGAAGACUAAACUGUUUGAUGCUAUUGAUUAUCAGGAAAAUACCCCUCCAACUGAUUACCCCAAACACUUCGUGGAAAAUGUUGUCAUCGCUAAUUUGAAUCUGCUUAUGAUUGUAAUCGAAGAUGCUUUGACAUUGAAGUUCUCUGUAAUUACCGCCAGAUUAGAACAUCGAGCAUCAGCUCAAGCUAUCAACCUUAAAAGUGGUAUAAAAAACGUAACAAUGGAUGGUUGUGGACAGCAGGUUUUGUUCGUACAGGAUGAUUCUAUUGACUGGUUAACAGUGCUUGUCGAAACUAAUCCUUUGGAUCGUGAUAAAGCUGGGUAUGACCAAUAUAUUAAGGUCGCAUUAGCACCAACGGUAUUGAAAUACCAUGCACCAGCUAUUAACACUGCUAUCGAAGCAUUAAGACCUCCAGAAAGUGUGCGACUGAAUCAAUUAACGGCAGCAGCAAUGGCGCGUUACGAAGAUGUUAAAGCACGUUCGCUCACAGGGCUAGCUCACGUUGUGGACACUAGGACGAAAUUAAUGCUUGACAUACGAAUUGCACCUGUAACAGUCAUCAUCUCAGAAAAUGGAAUAUUCAAUGAGGAAAAGCGAAAUUUGAUUGCAGAUCUUGGUUUACUUACAAUAACUACAAUGGUCGAUGAUCCUUUGGUUGAAACACCGUUGCUUGGUGAUGAAGAAGCAGAGCGCCGGGCAAAGUUGCUCAGUCGUGCAUACGAUAAAUUUUCUGUGAGAUUGACCAAUAUGCAAUUGAUAUUCUCGGAUAACUAUCAAAGUGGAAUGAAUGCGAAGUUGGAACCUAAGUCGCAUUUUCAUUUACUGGAGCCAACUGGAUUGAAUGUCGCUUUUCAUAAGUCAUCCAUCGAUGACCUACAGCUACCCAAGAUUAAAAUAAUGGGUGAAUUACCUGAUAUUAUCAUAACAAUCUCAGAUGAGCGUUUACUGGAGCUUAUAAAGUUGAUAUUAAGUGUUCCGACUCCUACUCCUGAAAGUGAAAUCAACGCUUUGGGUAUAGCUUUUCCUCCAGCUGAGUUUGAGAAGACAAAAAUCAGAGAUCUAGCAACGAUGCACGCCAUCAUGGAGGCCAGUGAAAUCUCCGAAGAUGAAAAACAUCUGGAAGUUAAGAAAAAUUUGGAGAAGCAGGGAGAGAAGAAGACUAAUAUGCAGCAAAUUCAACUGGAAGUUAAUCUCACAUUAAAACAGGUUCAAAUUGUCAUUGGCACUCCGGAUGCAGUAUUUUUGUCUGUUCAGAUUAGAUAUUUGGGUUGUGGUUUGCAGAUGCGUACAUUUGAUAUGGUUGCAGUGGCUUAUUUAGGUGAUUUAACAAUCGAACAACCGCAAUAUAAAAGUUUGGUUCCCGGACGUAAUACAUUAUUUGUUAUUGACAAUAUUCAAAGCACUGACCAAAAUUUGCUUCAAUUUAAGUACGUACAGGCAAACAAGGAAAGCCCAUUCUUCGCAACCGAGUAUAAUUCUAUGGAGCAAGCGAUCGAUAUUUCUUUCAAACCUUUGAUUGUAUCACUUCACCAGGAUGCCAUAAUCAAUCUGAAAAGGUAUUUCGAAACACUUCAAGAAAAGAUUGCUGAGUUGCAAUAUCAAAGUAAACCGGCACAAAAUUAUCAACGUGAUGAAAGUGUUGCCGGAGUAUCUGUAGGUGAUGUCCCAAUACUCCAUGAAAAGAAAAUGCUAAUUUUGCGAUCUUCAAGUCAGGAAAGCUUGGCUAGACCUUCCGCUUUCGAAUCGUUAAAAUUAAGUCAUGUAAAGCGUGAACGAGAACUGGUGCAAACACGAAAUGAUUUCAUUGUCAAAGUGCAUGUAAAUGCUAUUUUUGAUGCUUUAUCGGUUUAUGUUGGUUCAGCAAAAUGCUUGGAUACGACGUUAAACAUCAGUCUUGUGAAGGUCGCUGUAACAAUGCGUGUGAGAACAUUGAAAAUGGAGGGUGGAGUCAAAACGAUAGCAAUGGAAGACCGAACUGGAACAACAAUCUACAAACAUUUACUGGCUCUUUGUGAAGACGAUAAAGAGAUGUUAUCAUUUACUUUUAUGCAGUACAAUCGUACUGAUGCUGAGAAACAUAUGCAACCUUCUGGUCUCGAUUUUUUUAUUAAAUGCCGUUUUGCUCGUAUUCGUUUCGUACUUCUUUUCCUUUGGCUUGAAAGAAUGAAGCGUUUUGCUGUUCCAUUUCAAGCUGAGGCAGCGCAAGUUGCAGCACAAGCGCAAUCGUAUGCAUCUGUAAAGGCAUCACAGGCUGCACAAAAGAUUAAACAUCUUAUGGAAGAGUCACCUUUGAGAAUUGGUGUAGAUAUUGAACUUGCAGCACCGACAAUUUUGGUACCAAAGAGUACUAUGUCGUCGAACGCUCUCUUUGUUGAUUUUGGUAAGCUUACUGCUAUUAAUUCAAUCUCAGCGGCGCAGCAUGAGCAGAGAGCAAUUAUUGAUUCGAUACAAAUCAACUUAACUGAUGUCUGCUUUGGCAUCUCACUUCUUUCGGAAAAAGAUGUAGAAGUGUUAUCUACCUGUCAAAUUUUGAAGCCAGUCACAUUUUCGCUAUUAGUUUACCGGAAUUUGUCUUUUGAAUGGUACAAAACAGCCCCACAGAUGCUCGUCGACGCUCACUUACCUAUUAUUGAGAUGGGCAUGACAGAAGAAGAUUAUUCGACAAUCCUGAAAACACUCAGUGGCAAUUUGGCGGAAGGAAGCAAAUUAUCAUCGGAGCCAUCAUCAUCUGUAAAUCCUUUGAUUCGGCGGGAAAAAAAUGUUGCGGAGAGAAGACAGGAAUCUAAAGAAAAAGCUACAUCAGAAAGUGAUGGAAGUCCGCCAAGUGAUUCCAAGGCGAAAUCUUUUGUUUUCAGUUUCAAACUGGACGAGAUCGCUGCAGUUCUAUAUCGUGGUUCCUCAAAUUUGGAGAAUUCAAAAGGUGAGAUCGCUCGGAAGACAACAGCGGGUUUUGCAGCAAUGAGACUGAAAAAAAUUAAAUUGAGUGGUUCAAAAGCGGAAAAUGGAGAGUUGGACAUUGCUAUUAGCCUGGAAGUAUUUGUCAUGGAUGAUGAAAGAAGCGAAAAAACCAAAACACGGCGAUUACUGGAUAAAAAGCCUGACAACACCGGAAAAAUUCACAAUGAGUUUGUCGCUGCUCGUUACCAAGCUAAUGCAACGGGAGAUAAAAUCAUCUUCUUCUCAUCCUCCGCUUUCUUUCUGCGGCUUUGCCCAGAGUUUCUAGGAGCGCUGAUGAACUUUUUCACGGUGAGAAAAACAUCUGAGGAGUUAGCAAGAGAGGCUGAAGAAGUGAUUAUUCCAAAUAUUACACAAAAUAAGGAAAAAUUGGAGACGAUUUCACCAAGAGGCACAGUGACAAUGAACUGUACAAUGCAUGAAGCCGAAAUUAUCCUGAUAGAUGAUGCUGUCAUUCCUGAAAAUUCCCAAGCAUUGAUUUUGUCGUUUAGCAUUGAUCUCAAAGCAAAUCCGGACGGUGAAAAGCAAGUUAUGGUCGGUGGCAUCAGGAAUUUACAAAUCAUAAGCACGUUUGAUUACCAGGUAUUAAAACGCACGGAUAUUGAUGUUCAAUUAACAACGGAACAAAAAACGUUGUCUGAAAAUCUUGUAGUACAUAUUGGACAGUUAUAUUUAAAAAUAUCUCCCGCCAUAAUCCGUUUGCUGAGUGCUGUUUCUUCGGCUUUUUUAUUAGCAGCUAAUGUUAGGGAAGAUUCGUUUACUGCGCGAAAGACAGUGCUUAAAAAGUAUCCAAAUUAUUGGGAGAAACGUAAAAUCGAUAAGAACAAGCACUGGUGGUUCAACGUGGUGGAGGAAAAACAAGAUUUUGAAUAUGCAGUGGAUGUUGCCGCUGCUGUCAGUCAUGAACAGCAGGGAACUAUUACAAUGGAAUCGCUUAUCGUCACUUUGGAAGUUGGUGUGGACAAUAGAACGGUGCCGGUGGUACUUUUGGAAAGUUCGACGAUGGUCACUGCGUCACAGUGGAGUUCGCUGUUGGCUGUCGAUGCCGACGUGGAGCUUCAGAUUUCGUAUUACAAUGAAACGUUCUGCGUAUGGGAGCCCAUAGUCGAACCGGUAGAAGUGGCUGAUAACGUUUGGAAACGUUGGGCUUUGAAGGCUGAGUUGCGAACUCAUAGUGAAGAUGAGCUGUCAGUAAAUGAUACGUCGUCAUUGUCACAGAAAACUAUUAAUUUGAAAGCAUCAGAAUUGCUCAACAUAACAAUAACAAAAUCACUGAUUUUAUUAUCUUACCAUCUCAUGGAUUCUUUCGAGAGAGCUGCGAAAUUAAUUUCACCACCUAUGGGGCGAACUUUGCCAGGCAGUAGUAAAUAUCUGAUAUUCAACAGUGCUGGCAUUUCAACCAAAAUUGAUAACACUGAGACACUGAUUAUCAGCGCUGACGGACUACCGAUUGACGCAACGCCGUGCACUUUCGUCGACUUAAAUAUUCCCAUUGAUCUCAAUGAAAAGAUAGGGCCCACACAGAGCCAGAGUACAAAAAAGGCGGAGCUGCGCCUAAUUUUUGAUGAAAUAGAUGCAGAGAGAUAUGUAAACAUAAUGAGAUCCGAAUCGAGAACUUUUGAACUCCCAGUGAAAAGUGGUAGUGGAAAACAAUGGAAGGUGGUUGUAGAAACAAAAGUGGAAAAUAUGCGACGACUUAUUUACCUUCAUUCCAUCGUCCAGUUCGUGAAUCACUUGGACAUACCUUUCGAAAUUCAUUCAGUGCGUGAUGGAAGACUUGAUUUCUGUGGUAUCGCAACAAAGAGUAGUGAACCACUUGAUAUUGCUCUUCCGUUAUUGUACACAGCUACUGGCGAAUUGUUUAUCAGACCUCACGAUGAUGCCUAUGAGAUGAGCAAUGAAUCAGUUUGCUGGAAUAAAUUUGAAGACAAGGCGCGGUACAUAGUGCGGUGUGAUCUAUCAGAAGAUAUGAAACAAGGCUUGUUCGUAGCUCUAAUUGUUGAAGAAGUACCACUGAAAGCAGAAAGAAGCAGGAAUUUAGACGACACCAGUUAUAUAGUGCACAUUUUUUCACCUCUCACUCUGCAUAACUUCUUACCUUUUCCUCUACGACUUACUUCUCCGAUACAGAAGGAACUAUCUGGUGGCGAAGAAAUCUCAUUGAACAUUAUCCCAGGACAGAAUUUCAAUUUUGAAGUGAGUUAUCGUGGUGAUCUCUAUGUGACAGAGAUGCUUUUCCCUGUGGAACACCAAGAUUUAAUGGUCAUUACACUUACAUCUGGUGAGAAAAUCUUGAAUUUUGGUAUUCACUGGACAAUCGCUCAUCGUAAACUUGAUGCUGAAGUGUACGCACCCUAUUGGUUCGUUAAUAACACCGGAAGAAUUGUGAAAUUUACGGAAAGCAGUGAAGGUAUAAUUGGAAAAACUACCAAAUGCGUACCGUGUCAAAAGGGAGGAAUGGAAGGCCAGUACUGUGAUGCGAUAAUCCAGGAACCAUUCAGCGAGCCUGCUUUGUUACCACUGGAUGCCAAGGAUUUUUUAUCCAAAAAAAAGGCAAGAUUAUCAUUGUUCGGAAACUACUGGACGAAUGAAUUUCCACUGGAUGCGGUAGGAAAUUCGGGACGUAUUGGCUGUAAAGAUGAAAGCAGUAGUGAGCAAAGUAUUUCGUUGCAAAUAAGUAUGUGUCAAUCGGGCUUGACAAAGGUAAUCACGUUCCUGCCCUUCUAUUUGCUUCACAAUGAAAGCCGGUUCCCGCUGGAAAUAAGGGAAUUUGGAGCGCAAAACUGGGUUCUAGUUACAUCUCAGGCAUGCAUUGGUUUUUGGCCAUCACAGAAAGAAAAUCGAAAAUAUGCUGUUGUCAGAUACGGUGGUACAGCGGAGGAGUCAAUAUUAUUUCCGAUCACGGAAAGUUUUGAAGGAUUCUGUCAGAUCGACAACGAUUAUCUCGGUGUAUAUGUAACCGUCACAGUCUGCGAAUCGUCUUCGAUUAUCAAACUUGAAUCGUUUGAACCAGGAAUGGCUCCUGCUAUCAUAAUGAACGCAACGAAAAAAUCAGUGGAAUUUAAUCAGAAAGGCGCUCAAUCAAAAAAGAUACUGGGUCCAUGGGAAAGCUGUGCAUUUACAUGGGCAGAUGUGAUUCGUGAUCGUGAACUGGAGUGGAAAAGUGGUGAUGCCAGCCAUAUGGAUGAUUUGAUCCGGAAUGCAUUCGAAGAUUACCGACCAUCUAAUUCAGACUGUGCUCAUUAUUACUGGGUAUCAUUUUUGAACGGACGUCAACGUAUAUAUCUAUUUACUGAUGAUCUGGCGGUAGUGACUACUGCACACGAAGCUUAUGAAAUUGAACUUCCUACACUGUCUGUUGAAAUAUCUCUGCAAGGUAUUGGUAUUUCAAUAGUGGACAAUUUUAAAACCGAAGAAAUCGCAUAUUUAUGCAUCGCAUCAUCAGCUAUUAUUUGGGAGCAGUUCGUCAAAACUCGAUUCAAGUCAUUCACAAUUAAGCAGAUGGAAACAAUCGAACACGCUUAUCAAGCAUGGCUUCGAGAUCGCUUAGAAGAAACAGUAGUGGUGGACAAACUAGAGUUUGAUUUCAUACAUAUGAAAUUAAAGAAACAAAAAGAUUGGAUUGACAUCCGGCGACAGUUUCAAAUUGGACUUUGGAUGCAUUAUAGGCAAACUCCUCACCAAUCGCAAUUCCAUAUGAAGCUAAAUCAUCUACAGAUCGACAAUCAGUUACCAGCAUGCGUAUUUCCUUGCGUGCUCUCAGUUGUACCGCCACCAAGAUCUGUCAUUCAAGACAACGCUCCAAAAUCUUUCUCCGAAUUAAGCUACAUAAGACGAGAAUCAGAACACAGCAGGAUUGCGCAAAUAAAAUAUCUUCAUCUUUUGGUACAGGAGUUUGCAGUGCAAGUUGACCAAGGUUUUGUAAACGCAAUAUUGGAUUGGAUAUCCUCUCAGGCUGAUAGUAAACCAUAUACGAAAGAAGCUUUUGUAAAAGAUUUUGAAAUGACGAAAAAUCAGUUAGAAGUGUUUGCGGGAAUUACGACAGCUUCUCAACAAGCAGCGUAUUAUGAAAAUUUGCAUAUUUCCCCACUCAUGAUACAUUUGUCAUUUUCACAAGGUGGCAGUUCUGGUAAGCAACUGAAGGGUAAGACUUUGAAGUCAAAAGAAGCUGUUCAACUUCCAGUUCAGUCCGAAUUUAUCAAUGUUUUCCUGAAGAGUAUUGGUGUAACAGUGACGGAGAUUCAGGACGUGGUUUUCAAAUUGGCAUUCUUCGAGCGAAAAUAUGCAUUCUAUACAACUUCUCAGCUGCAAGGCGAAAUAACAGGGCACUAUACGUCGCAGAUCAUUAAGCAGCUUUAUGUACUUGUUCUGGGUCUGGAUAUUCUUGGAAAUCCGUUUGGACUUGUUCGCGACCUUUCAUCUGGAGUGCAGGACUUCUUUUAUCAACCAUUCCAGGGAGCUGUUCAAGGACCAGAAGAGUUUGCUGAGGGAGUCGCUUUGGGUGUUAAAGGCCUUGUUGGUGCAACAGUUGGCGGUGGGGCUGGAGCAGUUUCGAGAAUUGCUGGUACUCUAGGGAAGGGUGUAGCUGCAUUAACUCUUGAUGAAGAAUACCAGCGUAAACGGCAGCAAAUAAUGAAUCGUCGUCCGAAGACAUUUAGUGAGGGUGUGGCUCGCGGUGCUAAAGGUGUUGGGCAAGGUUUUUAUGAUGGCAUUUCUGGUGUUGUUUGCAAACCACUUGCAGGCGCUCGUACUGGAGGAGCUGGUGGUUUUGCGAAAGGACUUAGUCUCGGUUUGGUUGGCAUAGUUACACGUCCUCUAUCUGGAGCUGUUGAUUUUGCUAGCAGUACUUUAGAUGCUGUGAGAUCUGCAACGGUUGGAACUGAUGAAACGAAGUCAUUGCGUCCACCACGGGUCAUAUUUUCCGACAAUAUUGUACGACCAUACAGCCAGAAGAUGGCUGUAGGAGCGCAAAUAUUCCGUGAAGCUGAUAAUGGUUCCGUAGCUGACACCGAUUAUUUCUUGGCACAUGCACCAAUUUCUGAGAGGAGCCUAUUUAUUAUUACAGAUAGGCGUGCGAUGAAUGUAAGAAAAAGUGAUAUGGUUGGUUCCUGGAAUAUUGAAUGGCAAGUUUUAUACACGGAAAUGAAUAGACCAACGCUUUCGGGUAAAACGAUCCUGAUUGAUUUACGAAAGAAGCAGAAAGGUUUUCUCAGAUUGAGCACUUUAGGUGGAAGAGUGGUCGAACUAAUAGAGCAGACAUCUGCAACUGAAAUAUACAACAAAUUAUUGCUAGCUUAUGAAAUUGAAGUUGGUGCUAGUUAAAGAACCGUUCUACUUACAUUUUCAUCUUGAAGGCUUUUUAUCAUGCAUUCGCUGCAGAAGCUGCUCCUAUCCACUCAUACUUCAUAGUCUGUGUUAUCGCGAUGAUGGUGCAUCGAAGACAUUACAAUUUUAAUCCGAUAGCUAUUUUUGUUUAUUUGUUUAUCAUUUUCCGAUAAAUUUUUAGCGAUUUGUUUGAUUCCAUGUUCUUUCUGAUGACAUUUUUGAGAGAGUGAGAAACUCAGUGGUGGAUACUUGACCAUUGCCAGUUUUUUAGAGGAUAACCACUUUCAUUAUAAGCAAAACAUCCUUCGUACUUGACAGCCUGUUCUUUACAUGAAUGGUGGUUCUUCUUGAUGAUCUUCAUUCCGU